AUGGAGGACGACGCGGAGCGACCGCAAGGAGCCCGCGCCUCAAGUGGCCGCGGUUUGCGCCGAGCUUCAACGGAGCGCGCAGCGACAAUGGACGCACUGCCGUCAGUCGUGCCGCUGGAUGCGGACAAUGCGGCAGAGCAGCGGUCCCCCGGCGACUCACAGUCUCCGUGGCCGGCAGCCGACUUCCUCCGCGGCCCACUUAACGGCAACGCGGCAGCGGAGCCGGCGAUCCGUCAGCAAGGGCCGACUGGCGUGCCGCGGUGCCUGAGCUUCGACGGGUACCAGCCGCGCACGGCGGAGUCGAAAUGGGCGGGUUCGGCCUGGGGGAGGGCGUAUUUGGGCGAACGCGGCAGCCCCCGAAUGCCCCGCGGACAUUGCGCCGUGCGCGGGAGCUUGAGCGCGGGCGCAGAGGGGGCGAGCGCGCGGGUGGGGUCUCUGCAGAGGGUGGAGUCCGGCAAGCACCACACGACCUUCCAAGCCCUCUUACCCUGGAUGCUCACUGCCAUGUUUGCAGCAUUUGCCCAUUUGCCCCUUAUGGUGCUCUGUGCGCCUGUGACGAGCGCGGGCGCAUCGAGCGCGGCGGUGGCGGAGCAGUACCGCGCGCUGCUGGAGAAGGCGUACGGCAAGUUCGCGCGGCUGCGCGAGCUGCCGCUUUACGGGCGGCAGCGGUGGGAGGCGCACUUCCACAAGGCCUUCAGCGUCUACUCGCGCCUCUGGCGCUUCCAGCAAGAGCACCGCGCGCGCCUCGUCGAGAUGGGCCUCAAGCGGUGGGAGAUAGGCGAGAUCGCCUCGCGCAUAGGGCAGCUGUACUACAACUACUAUCUGCGCACGGGCGACGCGAGCUACCUGCUCGAGGCGUUCAUAUUCUACGAUGCCAUUCACAGGCGCGAGUACUUCAGAGAAGCGGCGCGCAGUGAGGCGGCGGUGGCGCACAAGCAGCUGCGGUGGUUGGCGCGCUUCACAGUGGUGUGUGUGCUGCUGGGGCGGCGCGACAUGCUGCGCCACCUGCUCUGGCAGCUGCGCAUGGCCGUUGAUGACUACUCCCGCUCCUUCCAGGCAGCGGACGCAGCGGAGUGGAAGGGGGUGGUGCACGAGGCGGUGCGCUUCCUGCGCGCAGACUGGCCGUCCGACUGCCCACGACCACUGCGCUACAGCGUGCUGCUCGACCCGCCCCCCGGCGCCCUUCCCCCCGUCGCCGCCCUCAUGCUGCCCACCUCCCCGCGCGCCCUCUCCCUGCAGGAGGUCGUGCUCACCAGCUUCUACCCCCUCGAGGCGGGGAGAGGAGAGGGGGGAGUGGAGAAAGGGGAGAAGGGAGAGGAGGGACAGUACAGUGCAGCAGGCAGGUGGAGGGGAAGGAAGGUGGGGGUGCAGCAGGGAGGUGGAGCAAAGUGUGCUGACGACCCGCCAUGUGGGGCGGGGCGUUGCUGCUGGGCUGUUCUUCUCCUCCUCCACUGCACUGCCCGCCGCUUCCUUCCGCUCUCGCCCAUCCUUCUCUGCACCCAUGCCUCACUGCCGCUCCUCGCCCUCACCUCACUGCCGCUCCUCGCCCUCACCUCACUGCCGCUCCUCGCCCUCACCUCACUCGCCCCCACCUCACUGCCGCUCCUCACCCUCACCUCACUCGCCCCCACCUCACUCGCCCCCACCUCACUCGCCCCCACCUCACUCGCCCCCACCUCACUCGCCCCCACCUCACUCGCCCCCACCUCACUCGCCCCCACCUCACUCGCCCCCACCUCACUCGCCCCCACCUCACUCGCCCCCACCUCACUCGCCCCCACCUCACUCGCCCCCACCUCACUCGCCCUCACCUCACUCGCCCUCACCUCACUCGCCCUCACCUCACUCGCCCCCCACUGCUCCCAGCCCAUCGUGAAGCUGAGCGAGGUCACAUUAGAUGCCUUCCACAUGCUACAGGCCGUCGAGUGGCACCCAUCACCCCCAUCACCCUCAUCACACCCAUCACCCCCAUCACCCCCAUCACCCCCAUCUCCCCCAUCACCCCCAUCACCCCCACACCCCCCCACCUCCAUCACACGGCAGGUGAAGCUGAGCGAGGUGACGCUGGACGCCUUCCGCAUGCUACAGGCAGUGGAGUGGCUGCCCUCGGGCUUCUUCCUCCCCUCCAAGCAAGGCGGCGUCGCCACCCACGGCUUCACUGCCACUGGUGGCGCGGGCGGCGGGGGCGGCGAGGGGCCGCGCCUGGUGGGCGGCGCGGAGGAGAACGUGGUGGAUCCGAGUCUGCCGCCCAACCCGCAUAAGUACGUGCUGCACCGCCCGUCCGUGCCACACCUGCUCAUGGUGCUGGCAACAGCAGUGGAGGAGUUACCAGCUGAUGCCGCCCUGCUGCUCUACCUCUCCGCUGCCGGCUCCCUCACCCCCACUGCCGCCCCCGCCCUUGCCUCCUCCUCUCAAUCUCCUGCCACCUCCCAACCUGCUGCAACCAGCAGUGCUGUCGUGGCGCCAGAGGCAGCUGCCGUGGCUGGCGCCCCUGCAGCAGCAGCAGAGGGUGGCGCUGGCAGCAGUGCAGACGGCAGGGCAGGCAGCAGUGCGUGCAGUGGGGCCGUUGACUCUGAAGGGGGAGGCGGGGCGCAUGAGGGGGAGCAGUCACACGGGCGCGAGGGUGAUGGGGGUGUGGCGGGAGGGGGCGUCUGGGUGAGGAUGAGGGGGGAGGGGGAGGCGGCCAGCAUGUGCUGUUUGCUACCGGCUGACAUCCUGCCGUUCACCCGCCGCCCACUCGUGCUCAUUGUCGACAGUGACAAUAGCGCUGCCUUCCAGGUGGGUGUGACAGUAGCGCUGCCUUCCAGCGCUGCCUUCCAGGUGGGUGUGACCGUCCUCCAGGUGACUGACACUCAUUCAUGCACACGCUGUGCUGUGUACCGCGCUUGCCUGCUGGACUCACUCCAUUCUGCCCCUCUUCAUGAUGUGAGAGCCAUGCUGGACUCACUCCAUUCUGCCCCUCUUCAUGAUGUGAGAGCCAUGCUGGACUCACUCCAUUCUGCCCCUCUUCAUGAUGUGAGAGCCAUGCUGGACUCACUCCAUUCUGCCCCUCUUCAUGAUGUGAGAGCCAUGCUGGACUCACUCCAUUCUGCCCCUCUUCAUGAUGUGAGAGCCAUGCUGGACUCACUCCAUUCUGCCCCUCUUCAUGAUGUGAGAGCCAUGCUGGACUCACUCCAUUCUGCCCCUCUUCAUGAUGUGAGAGCCAUGCUGGACUCACUCCAUUCUGCCCCUCUUCAUGAUGUGAGAGCCAUGCUGGACUCACUCCAUUCUGCCCCUCUUCAUGAUGUGAGAGCCAUGCUGGACUCACUCCAUUCUGCCCCUCUUCAUGAUUGGCUGGGUGGCAGGGAGCAAGGAGAGCCGUGUGCCAUGCUGCUGUCGCCCCGCCUGCAGCCCGACAUCAGCACCGCUCCCCGCCCCUCUCAACCUUCCUCCACCACUGCCACCACUCCUGCCGCAACCAAUGCUGAUGGCACCGUCCCUCCCUCCUCUCAAUCCUCCUCGGCUGUUGCUGACACGGCAGCAGAGCCUCCGGCUGCUGUCAAUACUGCCACUGCUUCUAUCCCCUCCACUGCACCGUCUGCUGCCCCCACGUCUGAACCCCCCUCCUCCUCCUCCACCUCCGCUGCACCGCCCGCCGUCUCCGUCGCCACGGCCACGCACCUGGCAGGCGCCAAUCUCUUCACACUCUUCCUCACCGCCCCUCUGCAGGCCUUCUGCCGCCUCACUGCCGUGCCGCUGCCCGACAUUCCCAAGGAGCAGUACAUGGGGUGGGAGAGGCAACUAGCAAUGCUGCUGUCGCAGUGGGGCUCAUCUCUCGCUGCCUGCCCCACACUGCCCCUGGCCUGGGCGCGCCUGCUGCUCGACCCCUUCCUGCGCCUCUUCCUCCUCAGGUUCAUCUUUGCACGUGCAGUGCUCUCACUGCAUGUCUCCUUCGCCGCCCGCCCGGCCUUCCAUCCCCACUGCCACCCACCCCUGCCGCCCACAACCCUCCCCUGCCACCCCUCGAUCUUCUCCGCCGUCCGCCACCUCGCACAGCUCUGUGGUGUUGCUGCCCAGUUCCCGCCGCCCGACAGCAGCGCCGGCCAAUCGUCACUGCCGGAAAAGGACGAGCGAUCUGAGGUGGUGGGUGGUGCUGCUGGGGGGGCUGAUGUUAAAGCAGUGGGGGCAGUGGGACGUUUUGAAGGAGGGGAGGGUGGGGAGAGAAGGGGCGACAGUGGUGCAGAGUCAGGUGACAGCACUAUUACAGGCACAGGCACAGAGGGUGGGAGUAAGAGUGGGGAUGAGGGAGGGAGUGUCGUGAGUAUGGAAGAGAAGAGGCAGCGAUUUGCAGUGGGGAGGAGCGGAGGGGUGCCGGUGCUGGGCGGCUUGGGAUUUGAUUCUUUCAGACAAGACCUGCCGCUUGCGGGUGGCACUGCAGUGCGGCAUGGGGUCGAGGCAGUGGGCGAGUGGGAGCGACCUGCAGUGGGGCGUGAUGGCUGA